CAGGGAGCGCUAUCAGUCAACCGGAGGCAGCGGGCGCAUCAUUGUUCGCGGACUGUCGAGUUUCGAUGCAAAUGUUGUUUUCUCAUUUUUCUGUGGCGAAAUAAGUAGAUACUGAAGAGUCAGUGGGUUUUAGUUUGAAGCAAGUAAGUGUUUGCCAUGGAGAAGAAGAACUUUUCCUUGACGCUUCUGUGUCUGAUGCUGUCAGGUGUCGGUGCCGUUACUGUUACCAUCCCCCAAGGUCAGUAUGAGUAUGCCAGAGGGGACAACAUCACACUGCCCUGCUCCUUUAGAACUAUAGUUUCGAUAACCUCCCAGACACAAGUCGUCAUCACUUGGUCUUCUUUGACUCAACAAACUACCAUUGAUGAGACAGUGAUCGCCACCUACUAUCACAGCUCUACCCCAACUACUGACAUAGACACUGACUAUGAAGGUCGGGUGUCCGUGGAUGUAGAUGUCACUCAGGGAAAGGCUAACCUGAAGCUUUUCUCCAUCUCACUAGCUGACAAUAAAAAUUUUGAGUGUCGUGUGCAGAUCCCAGGUGACAGGAGUGGCAAACAAACUGCCAUCACAAACUUGGUGGUUCUAGUGGCCCCCUCUACACCCGUCUGUAAGAUCCAGGGAACAGCACAGUAUGGCCAAGAUAUCACAUUAACCUGUGCGUCUGCAGAAGGAUCUCCAAAUCCCACUUAUAGCUGGAAACGUUUUAAUGUGCAGAAUCAGUCUGUUCCUCAAGACUCCAGAACCACUGACAAGGAUGGCAUCCUGUCUCUGUAUAAUAUCACCAAAGAUACAUCAGGAUACUACGUCUGCACCUCACAGAACAAGAUCCGUUCUGCUACUUGCAACCUCACCCUCUCGGUCAUGCCACCAUCCAUGAACAUUGCUUCCACUGCAGGAAUAAUUGGUGGAGUUGCUGCUGUCUUGGUUAUACUCAUCAUCGUCAUCUGUUGCUGCUGUUGCCGAAAGAAGAACAAAGAUGAGGAAUACGCCAUGGGAGUUCGUGAGGGGGAUGAGUACCACGACAAUGAGCCGGAUAGAAACGGUGAGGGUCAACGUGUUGAAGGGCAGGGGAAGGACAGUUAUGAGGACUCCAGUGUAAAGAAGACUGAACGCAAUGAGGAAAAGAGUCAACCAGAUCGCCGCGAUUACGAUGACCGCCGCAGCGAUUAUGACGACCGCCGCAGCGACUACAAUGAUCGGCGGCGCGAUGAUUAUGAUGACCGCCGCAGCGACUACGACGAUCGACGCAGCGACUACGACGAUCGGCGCCGCGACUACGACGAUCGGCGCCGCGACUACGACGAUCGGCGAAGCGACUACAGUGACCGUCGUGAGCGCUAUGAUGACGAUCGCCGUCAUCAAGAUCGUCGCCGUGAUGACGACCGCUAUGAUGAUCGUGACCGUGAUAGACCACCAGUGCCCAACAGUAAGCCCCCAAGGAGGGACUACGAUGACUAAAACCUCCAACCUGUAACAAAGCACCAGCUUUGUUACAUGAGGGGGGGGACCUAGCUAUAUCAAAAUGGACCCCCAUGAAACAGCAAAAUUAGGGCUGAAAGAGUAAUCUGUUCGGAAGGAAUAGUUUUAGAUCCUUUUGAGUAGGGACAGAGAUUUGUGGGGUUAAUCUUUAAAAAGUUUGAACACUGCUCAGGAAAAGAUUUGCAUGCAAACGUCCUAUUCUACGUAUAUAGAGAACUGGACAAACAUUUGACAGAGCGCCCCCUAAAUGUAUGUUUUAGAGGUUCCGAUUUUCUGAAUUUUUUUCUUAAGUAACUUAUAACGUUAGGAUAAAGACAAGAUAAGCAGCUUAUUCCCCUGAUUAAGAUUCUGAGCAGGCGUGGUGAUUUAUGCACACAUUCUCUCACAGUAUACAAGCGUUGACAAAAUUUUUGUUGUACAGUAAGAGAACAGUUAACAGUUGUCUCUUUGUACUGCUAGUUUUAUGUAGUUUUUUUUGGUAAAUAAAUUUUGUUCUAUCACAGUUUUUAAAUUUUAACAUGUUUUAAGUCAUUCUCUCUGAUAUUUCUGUGCAUGUGUCAUGUUUUCCUGUGAAUUGUGUGCGAGUGUGACGCUGGUCUGGUCACAUUCUGAAGUGAAUCAUGGCUCGACACACAAACACACAUCGAGGCACAACAGAUGUUUUAUUGAAGCUGUUUUUUUACUUUUGUUUUCGGGCAUUUUCUCUCGCUUGGUGUUUUCUUUAUUUAACAUCCUUCUACGUUGGUAUUACUGGUAGUAGUCACAGCAAAAACUCUCCACUGCAAAAACUCAAAAUCUUACCAA